CCAGCAGACAUUUAUUUUAUUUUCAAACAAUAACAAAAUCACUAAUUUGGUGUCUUCCGAUGUAUUAAUAUAUUAAAUAGUUUAGUUAUGCAGACAAAUAAAACUGAAAACGAAAACAAAAUAGUUUUACCUCAUCACGAACAACAACCGCUCUGUACAAAUCGUCUACCGUACCGACAAGGACGAAAAUUAACUGCUGUAAAGGUAUACACAAUAGCCAGUGAAUCCAAUCAUCUUCUAAUAUUUGGAGUACCAAGCCUAAAUCUUCGACAAGAGACUAAAGCGUUAUUCAUGAAGUUUGGUAAACUUUUAAAGUUUAACAUAUCAACAGAACAUCCCGCAGAACCAUUUACUGAAACAUAUCAUGCUCAAUAUGAAAGAAUACAAUCAUCUAGGAUCGCUAAGAGAAUGUUGGAUACCAAAAACUUCUACGGUGGAUCUCUACAUAUAUGUUACGCACCGGAAAUGGAAACUAUUGAAGAAACGAAAGAGAAAAUACUUCAAAGACAAAGAGAUGUCUUAUACAGGCUUCGUAAUUUACAAAUAAAUAAAGAAAAACCAAAAAAGACAUUAGAUUUAGAAAUAUCAAAGGAAAAAGAUGUUAAAAAACUAAACAUGGGAGAAAUAAAUACAAUUACUUUAAGUAAUAAAUCAAUUAGAAAUAACAAAAGGAAAAAAUCUUUUGAUGAAGUCAUAAAAAAGUAUAAACCAUGCUUUAUUGCUGAUCAGAAAACCAUAGACAAUGUUAAUAAAUCAAAUAAUGAAAGUAUAGAUAAAAAAUUACCUAAAGUUAUAGAAAAAGAACCCGUAUUAAAAAAAAUAGAAACUCCAGUACAAAUUGUAGAUUGUACAUCUACGGAGACAGAAAUAAUAACAAAUAUAAAUGAACAUUUGAGUUAUGAUAAAUUUGGUAAUGAAGAUAUUAGAAAAAUUAAAAAUAAACCUCUCAAUAAGAUUGUGUUCAAUUUAAAUAAAAAAAGUUAA